ACAACGCCCAAAUGUCAACAGAGUAGUGUAGGGCGACACAAAAUUCUCUUUGGUCAUGACCUCAACAUGGACGGCCUAAAAGCAACUAUCGUGUCAAAACUCAAAGCAGAAGGAAUAUCGUGUGAUGCUCAUGCUGUUAUCAACCACCCCACCCAAUACUUAAGAGGAGAGUCGGAAGAUUUUGAAAUCCAAGACGUUAGCUACUUCAGUUUAAUCCUUGUAUUAAUGUAGUAAAUGAUGAACUAUUCCAGAAUGGUAUGCAAUUAGGCGCAGAGUUAGAUUUUGUGAAUUUUAAAUAGUCCAUAGUCCAUGCAGUGAUCACCCACAUGCUCACAUGCAAUGAAGUUAAUGAAAACUGAAAGGACAAUGGUACGCUUAACCAAUGUUUCGAUGAUGUCUGUUCUUUUUCCGUUUUCCUUCCUUGUAAGUUGUGGCUUUCAUGGUAUGCUUACAAAUAAUAGCUAAAGAAGAUGAAAAAAGAAUAAACAUUUAUGGUUGGGUACGUAUAAUAGGACACGGUUUAUAAUAAUGACUAAUGAGUGGGAGUGAUCGCGUUUACGUGCUAGCUGUUCAGUCCAAAUCAAUAAUUCAAGACAAUGCACGUGAGAGUGAAUGCAAAUGUUGGAGCAAUAUGUUUUUUGAUAUCCUUUAUCCAAUGAUGGUUUGUGUUAAAAUUGCAUCUGAGGCUUCAUUUCAAGAAUCUGGUAAACUGUUUUUUUUUUUUCUUCGUCGCUUGGCAUUUGGCAAUCAGAACGUCGGGGUGGUCAAUUAUUUAACGAGAAAGAAGAUAUUUAAAGGUAAUGACAAUUGUAUCCUCAAGUUGAUUUGUUUUAAAUUUUCUUAUAUCGUCGUCCUCUCUCUACUCUCAAGUUUCAAAAACGAGACUGAGGGCUGUUUGCGUAAUUUCCCUCCAUAGCUCCUUUUAGCUGCGACAACGACAAUUUAAUUAACUAAUUAACUCUCAAGUAUAGAGCACGAGGGGGGUACGAUACGAAGUACGAUUAUUUUUAUUCGACCAAUAGUGUCGCUUCGGUAGCAUGGAACGCGCCACAGAGGAUCACACCUACCUGGCAAUAUCAUAGCAAUCCAUCUUCGUGUCGUGGCUAUAUCUGUCGGAAACUGUGUCCCAAAGCAGAAUAUUGGUCAGUCCAUUAGUCAAAUUCUCAACUACUUCUCGAAAAAUCUCAAAGUCAGCUAUGCAGUCCGAAUACGAUGUUAGUACUCUGUACCGAGAAGCGCAUACUCGUUGGUUGAAACCUCCCGAGGUGCACUUCAUUUUGCUGAAUCAUGAACGAUAUCGGUUAACAGAUAAGCCACCUCAUAAGCCUUCAAGUGGAUCGGUGUUGCUUUACAAUAAAAGGGUUCUUAAGUUCUUCCGUAAAGAUGGUCAUCAGUGGAAGAGGAAGAAGGAUGGUAGAGCUAUUGCUGAAGCUCACGAACGGCUUAAGGUGGGUAAUGUUGAGGCUUUGCAAUGUUACUAUGCACACGGAGAGCAUGAACCUUCUUUCCAGAGGCGUAUCUACUGGAUACUAGACCCGGAAUACGAACAUAUUGCCCUUGUUCAUUACAGGGAUGUGAGUGAUGGAAAAGAGGUAAAGCAGCAAACUGGUGGAACCGUUCUGCAUUUUUCACCGAAUCCUUCAACUCUAGGCUCCAUUGGGACUCAGAAUGCAAGCUACAGUCACUGCAUUGGUGUCUCUAGCGAGAUACAUCAGCAGCAGCAUUCAUCUGCUUCGGCGGGCAAUGUAGAGGUCAACUCUGACGUUUUCUGUAAUAGCAACGGAACUGAGACCUCGAAAGGCAGUGGAAGUCUUUCUUAUGAGUUUGAGACCAGGGAGGCUUUAAAGAGGCUAGAGGAACAACUUAGUCUUGGUGAUGAUGAUAAUGUUGUUCAAAACGAAAGUUUGGAUGGUCUCCAGUUUCUAGGAUUUAGUAAGACGGAUAUUGAUCACCAUCUUGUUCCACCAGCAACUGUACAUCAGAGACCAGAGAGUAGCAGCAAACUAGGGAGAUGUUACGGAGGCUAUGUUGGAGGAGCCCAGUGUAAUGUUAGUACUGUAGGUUCACCACUCCACAGUUUGAAUAGUCUCCUAUCUUUAGAGUGUACGGAGGACAUCAAUGCUCAACCAGCAGCUGGACAUCAGAGAGCAGAGAAUAACAGACUUGAGAGAUGUUACGGAGGGUAUAUCGGAGCUGAAUAUCAUUCUAACAACCUCAUGCUCGUAAAGAAUGAUUCAGGUGGUAGUGGAGGGAGUGGCGAUCAAAAGGCUGAGUCUUGGAAAGAUGUGCUGGAGGCAUGUGAGGCUUCUAUAGCUCUUAACUCUGAGCAGGGAAGCACACCAAGUUCAGCUAAAGGAUUGCUAACUCGAAUGCAGGAAGAUUCUAACUUGAGUUACAGCAACCAGGCUGAUCAAGCCACAUUGUUGUUGCCUCAAGAACUUGGUCCUUCUUUUGAACUUCCUACUCGUUAUUCUGAGCUGGGAGCUCUAGCAAAUAAUGCCAACAACAGUAGAAUGGAGUUGCCUUUCGAGCAAGUAAUGAAUCAGACAGUUGCACAUAAGCAAAAGUUUACUAUCCAGGACAUCUCACCAGAGUGGGGUUACGCGAAUGAAACUACAAAGGUGAUGAUCAUUGGAUCAUUUCUCUGUGAUCCAAAAGAAUCUACAUGGUCUUGCAUGUUUGGGAGUACUGAAGUUCCUUUCGAGAUCAUUAAAGAAGGCGUUAUACGGUGCCAAGCCCCUCCAUGUGGCCCUGGCAAAGUCAAUUUAUGCAUUGCUUCUGGAGAUGGACUCUCUUGUAGCCAAAUAAAGGAGUUUGAGUAUCGUGAUAAGCCUGAUGACACGUCUUGCCCUUGGAGCAGUCGAGAUGAGCUUUUGUUACUUGUAAGGCUUGUGCAAACACUUGUAUCGGACAGUAAAAGUAACCUAGAGCCAUGGAGCCAUAUCUUAGAAACGGUUCUAGAUGGCACUGCAACAUCAUCAAGUACUGUUGAUUGGCUUCUACAAGAACUGGUUAAAGAGAAGCUUGAUGCAUGGCUGUCUUCAAGACCCCGCCAAGUUGAAGAUCAAACAUCUUGUUGCUCUUUGUCAAAGCAAGAACAAGGCAUUAUUCAUAUGGUGGCAGGCCUUGGCUUCGAGUGGGCACUUCAUCCAAUUCUUUCCCGUGGAGUCAGUGUGGAUUUUCGUGAUAUUAAUGGAUGGAGUGCUCUUCAUUGGGCUGCACGUUUCGGGAGUGAAAAAAUGGUGGCUGCCCUAAUAGCUUCAGGGGCAUCAGCUGGAGCAGUGACUGAUCCCACUGCGCAAGACCCAGCCGGUAAAACUGCAGCGUCAAUAGCUGCGUCUAAUGGCCACAAGGGUCUUGCAGGUUAUCUAUCAGAGGUGGCGUUAACAAACCAUCUCUCCUCGCUCACACUUGAAGAAACCGAAAAAUCUAAAGAGACUGCUCAGUUGCAAGCAGAGGUGACUUUGAAUUCCAUCUCAGAACGAAGCCCACAUUCACUGAAAGACUCACUAGCUGCAGUGAGAAACGCAGCUCAAGCAGUUGCGAGAAUCCAAGCAGCAUUUCGUGCACAUUCGUUCAGAAAGAGACAGCAGAGAGAAGCAGCUAUGGCUGCUUACUUUCAAGAGUACGGGAUCUAUGCAGAUAUCAAAGGCAUCUCGGCCAUAUCUAAGGUAGCCCCUGGAAAUGUAAAGAACUACCAUUCGGCAGCUUUAUCUAUUCAGAAGAAUUACCGUCGCUAUAAACGCAGAAAAGAGUUUCUCUCGCUUCGCAAGAAAGUUGUGAAGAUACAGGCUCAUGUUCGAGGUUACCAAAUAAGGAAGCAUUACAAGGUUAUAUGCUGGGCGGUAGGAAUAUUAGAUAAGGUUGUACUCAGGUGGAGAAGAAAAGGAGCUGGGCUAAGAGGGUUCAGGCAAGACGUAGAAGACAGUGAAGAGGAAGACAUUCUCAAGGUGUUUCGUAAGCAGAAAGUAGACGUUGCAGUGAAGGAGGCUUUCUCACGUGUUCUGUCGAUGGCUAAGUCCCCAGAGGCUCGCCAGCAAUACCACCGUGUGCUCAAGAGAUACUGUCAGACAAAGGCUGAGCUUGGGAAAACAGAGACAUUAGGAGCAGGUGGUGAUGAGGAUGAAGAUUUGUUUGACUUGGCUGAUAUGGAAGAUGACAGUUUGUUUGCACUUUAGAGGUUUUAGUAAUGUGCAAGUAAGUAGAUCUAUGAAGUUUCAAGAGUGAGUAGUUCUGUAGAGUUGCAAUGAAGAAGAAAACAAGUAAGUAGAUCUAUGUUGUUCUUACUUGUUAGUACUAGUAGUAGUGACUAGAGUCUGUAAAUGAUCUCUUAUGGUGGCUAACUUAUUUACAUAACAAGUAUGCAUUUACUUUGUUUUGCUACUCCACAUUGUUUUUUAACAAGAAUUAAAAAGUUGAUAAAUUGAAUAA